UUUCUAAAUUUCUCCUCUUCUCCUUCUUCUUCCUCACUCUUCUUCUUUGUCCCCAACACUCCUAUCCACUGUUUCCCACCUCAAACAUUCAAUUAAUUGCUUCCUCUAAAAGCUCCUCCGAAAAUUCCAUGGCUCCUUAAUUAGUUGCUUCUGCAUCUCCCACUCCUCCCCUCUCUUUUCCCAAACCCCUUUCUCUCUCUCUCUUUCCCCCUUGCUUCCCGCGUAGAAGCUAGAGAGAGAAAGAAGAGAGAGAGAGAGAGGGAGGUGUUGCUUCCCCCCCUUUCUCUCUCUUUUUCUCCCUCUCCCCUCCCCUUUCUCAUGCGUACAAGCCAUUCUCAAACCCUACUCUCUCUUUCUCUCUCAUUGCCCUGUUCUUACUUCAUAAACCAUAUAAAGCUCCCACCUUUUUCCCAUUUUUAUGCUCCCCUCCCUUCCUUGCCCCCGAAGUUUCCAUUUUUCUUCUGUUUCCAGCCCUUUUUACCGGUAAAAAUCUCUCCUUUUCGUGUUUGGUGCGCGUAAAACCCUAGUAGUCGACUCGGGUAUUCGGGCAUUUUGUGCGAAGUUGCGAAAUUGCGCGCGAAAUGGGCGCCCAGGUCAGCAAGAGGCCCGGGGGCGGCGCCCCGGAGCUUCCGGUGGGAGCCGCGGAGCUGAGCUCCUACGCGGCGGCGUGCCGGGCCGAUCCCGAUCUCCGGUCGUUCGACGCGGCGCUGCGGGAGCGCACGAGCCACGCCAUCUCCUCCCUCGCCGCCGGCGUCGAGCUCCGGUCCCUCUCCUUCGACUCCCUCCGCGCCGUCACCGGGUGCCUGCUCGACAUGAACCAGGAGGUGGUCAGGGUCGUGCUCCAGUGCAAGAAGGACAUCUGGAACAAUCCCGACCUCUUCGGCCUCGUCGAGGAGUACUUCGACAGCAGCCUCCGCACCCUGGACUUCUGCGCCGCCCUCGAGAAGUGCCUCAACAGGGCCCGCGAUUCCCAGCUCAUCGUCCACGUCGCUCUCCGCCGAUUCAACGAAGAAGCGGAACAGGAAGUAAUGGAAUCGGCCGCCGAGGGCGAUCGCAAUAACAAGAACAAGUAUAUGGGGACAUUGGAGGAGCUAAGGCAAUUCAAAGAAGCCGGGGAUCUGUUUACUGAGGAGUUCUUCCACGUGUUCCGAUCGGUCUACGCGCAGCAGCUCAACAUGCUCGACAAAUUGCACCAGAGGAGGAAGAAGCUCGACAAGCAGCUCAGGUCGAUCGGGUCGUGGCGCAAGGUCUCGAGCAUCAUCUUCGGGGCCGCGUUUGCCGCCGUCCUCAUCUGCUCGGUGGUGGCCGCCGCGGUGGCCGCGCCGCCCGUUAUAGUCGCGCUGGCCGCAGCCGCCGCGGUCCCAGCGGGCUCCGUGGGGCAGUGGAUCGAUUCCCUCCUGCGGAACUACCAGAACGCGGUGAAGGGGCAGAGGGAGGUGAUCAGCUCGAUGCAGGUCGGGGGAUACAUUGUGAUCAAGGACUUGGACGGCAUAAGAGUUCUCGUCGAUCGGUUGGAGGUUCAAAUAGAUUCUUUGUUGGGUAUCGCCGAUUUUGCUCAGAGGGACGAGGAGGCAGUGAAGUUGGCGGUUGAGGAGAUUAAGAAGAAGUUGGAGGUGUUUAUGAAGAGCAUCGAGGAAUUAGGGGAGCAAGCAGAUCAGUGUAGUAGGGAUAUUAGGAGGGCGAGGACUGUUGUAUUGCAGAGAAUUAUUAAGUAUCCAAACUGAGUAACGAAGUGCAUAGGUAAGUUCUCUUUCGAAGCUUGAGUACAUUGUUCUUAGAAUUCGGUACUGUGUUAUUCAAUUGUCGAGACUAAUCAAAUGCUAAAUGUUGUCGCAUCCUGUUUUUCGUUCGCUGAAUGUUAAUAAAAUAAAUAGCUAAUCAUGUGUUAGUCCAAGUUGAGUGCUUUUAA